GGCUUCCGGGGUCGCGCGCGGUGCUGUCCCCGCGGCCGGCGAAUUGUGGUCCGGCGGGACCUGUGCUCGGCGGGCAGAGCUCCGCUCCGGGGCCGCGGCACUGCCGUGGAUGGGCGCGGGGGCCGGGACGGUGCCGGGAUGGCGAAGGCGAGGGUGCUGGCCCCCGAGCGCGCCCCGGGCGACCCCGCGCCUGAGCCCGGGCUAGUCAAGAAGCCGAAUCGGAAGAAAAACAGGAAGAAAAGAUUUUGGAAGAACAAAGCCCGAGAAGCAGGCAGAAAGCCGCGAAACGGCCCCGGCGUGGUCGUGGUGCGACCUCCAAAGGCACCGGAGGACUUUUCCCAGAACUGGAAGGCGCUGCAGGAGGAGUUGCUGAAACAAAAAUCACAGGCCCAGGAAGAGGCUCUCGUUCUCACUCAGACGGAUUCCAAAAAGCAGCCCCAAAGUGUCCAACAAAACAGGAAAGUGAUCUCAGAUAAAGCAAAGAGAGAUGAGAUGGGGACAGAAAACACAGACCCCAAGGCCACAGGGGGCUCUGUGCCCUCAGGAUAUCUGAUGAACAGGAAGAUCCGGGCACAGCGCAAUGAGAAAGCAUCAAAGAAAAGGACCAAUGAUGACAUUUCCCCAAAACAAGGAGAAGUCAAACAUAAGAAGUGGAAAGCUAAGGAGGUGACCGCCACCUUGCCUCCGGCCCCGCCCACCGAAGAAGACAUCUGGUUUGACGACGUUGACCCAGCGGACAUCGAAGCCGCCAUCGGCCCGGAGGCAGCCAGGAUAGCAAGGAAGCGUCUGGGUCAGAGCGAGAGCGGCAGCACGCUGGUGAAGGAGCGGGCCUUCGGCGGCCUGACUAAAGCCUUAGCCGUGGACUGUGAGAUGGUGGGCGUGGGCCCCAAGGGGGAAGAGAGCAUCGUGGCCCGCGUGUCCCUGGUGAACCAGUACGGGAAGUGUGUUUAUGACAAGUACGUGAAGCCAAGCCAGCCGGUGACUGACUACAGGCCGGCGGUGAGCGGAGUCCGGCCCGACGACCUGGCGCAGGGAGAGGAAUUUGAAGUCGUUCAGAAGGAGGUGGCAGACCUGCUGAAGGGCCGGAUUCUAGUGGGACACGCGCUGCACAACGACCUGAAGGCGCUGUUUCUUGGUCACCCGAAGAAGAAGAUCCGGGACACUCAGAAGUACAAACCUUUCCAGAGCCGAGUGAAGAGUGGACGGCCGUCUCUGAAGCUGCUUGCGGAGAGAAUCCUGGGGGUCCGCGUGCAGCAGGCGGAGCACUGCUCGAUUCAAGAUGCGCAGGCAGCGAUGAGGCUGUACGUCCUGGUGAAGAAGGAGUGGGAGAGCAUCGCCCGAGACAGGCGGCCCCCGGCCUCCAGCGCCCCUGGCGCCGACGCCUAGCAGGAGCCCCGUCCUGUGCCACGCUCACG